AUGUUAUUAUCAUUGUUUUUUCUAUACGUUUUACUAUGGAAAAAUAUUGCAAUAGCCAUAGAUCCAUUACCAGGUGUUGAUAUAAUUCAAUCCGGUUUUGAUGCUGUAAAAAUGUUGAAUAUUCAAGAGAAAAAUUCAACAUCUAAACUAUUCGAUUUAGGUGAUACAUCAGAAGGUGACAAUUAUACAUUCAAUGUACUUGGCAUUGAUCGUAUUUAUUCAACGCCAUUAAAUGUCCACGUUACAAAUGUUGAUUCGAGAAUUGAAACUUAUUCUCAUACAGUUGCAUAUACAUUUAAAGAUUUCUGUUUAAGCUACUUUCAAUCAUAUUCAUUUGAAUAUUCAUAUACAUGUGAACAAGGAAUGAUAAGUUCGAAAUAUCAUCCAAUAUUGAAUAAAGCUCAAAAUAUGAUUAAUACAACAAAACAAACUGCUAUUAUUUCAACUGUAUGGUGGGGUCUUUAUUCUAUACAAUUACCUCCAGCAUAUUUACUUGACUUUGAUCCAUUGUUCAACAAAAGUAUACAAAUAUUGAAUAGUCGUGUAUCUGAUCCUUAUACAGAAGAUCAACAAUCUUUAUACAAUAAAUUUAUUGAAACAUUUGGUACUCAUUAUAUCUCAUCAGUCAUCAUGGGUGGUUUAAUCAACACAUAUACAUUUAUUAAUCAAACUACUCAUUCACAGUAUAAUUAUUCAAAAACAUUACAAGACAUAUCUCAUACAGUAUCGAGUGAAAAUCGUAUUCAAACCAAUUUAUCAUUAUCAGAAAAUUCACAAACAUUCAUCUUCUAUGAACCUUCAAUAAAGGCUAAUAGUUCAAAAUCAGAUUGGUUUACUUGGAUACACGCUCUUGAUAAACGUCCAAGUGUAAUUAAUCGAACAUUAAUUUAUCUCACAUAUUUACUAGAUGAUUAUCCUGAAGUCCAAAAUCAUCUUCAAAAAACCAUUGAUUACUAUCAAAAACAUGGUGUAUUACCUACAUUAGCACAAUUAAAUGGUAAAAAAAACUUUAAAUUAUCGUCUACUCAUCUACCAUCAAUAUAUGGACUUGAUAUUGUUGGUUGUGGUUUUGAUAUUCUAUCUAUGCAAAGUAAAUUAUGUCUAAUUGAUAUAUCAAAGAUGAAUGAUGAAAAUCAAUAUAUUGAUCCUUUUAAUAGAUCAUUAAUCUAUUCAGUACCAAUUGGUUUCUAUGCUAUAGAUACUCCUGAUUCUUUAACAUUGAAUUUUUCUAUUCAACUUAGAACAAUUGAUGAUUAUUAUAAACGUACAUUUUAUUCAACACAUUCAGAUAGUUUUGGAUUUUUAGGAUUUGGUGCGAGUCAUAAUUAUAAAUCAAUUGAAACAUUUUAUCGACGAUUUUAUGAAGAAAAUUAUUAUCUUGCAUUACGACUAUUACAAAUAAAAUGGUAUACACUUUCUAUGAUUACUUUUCCUUAUCCAAAAUUAAAUAGUAUAGCACAGAAUGCAAUAGAAAAACUACCAAAUACAUUCAAUUCUAAUAAUACAAUAAAAUUCAAUCAAUUUUUUUCAACAUUUGGUACUCAUUUUGUUCAAAGUGCAGAUAUGGGUGGUCUUCUACAAUCUGAACUUUGGUAUAAAAAAUGUUUAUUAUAUACGAAAUCUGAAACAUGGAUUAAAGAAGAAUCAAAUAAGUUUUGGUGGUUCUUUUCAAGUAGUCAAUCAUCAUCAUCUUAUCAAUCAUCAAUAGAUCAACAAUUUAAAGAAUAUUCAAUGUUUUCAUCGAAAUUAAUUGGUGGUAAUCAAUUUAUGAAUACAACAUUAUGGGAACAAUGGGCACCUACUGUUAAGUCAAAUCCAAAGGCAGUACAAUAUUAUCUCAGACCUAUUUAUACUCUACUACCUGUAGGACAACAACGUACAGCUUUAGCAGAUGCUUUAGCCUAUCUUCGAACAAAUGCUGAUACUAAUGCAAAAGAAUAUAUUUCUCAAUUGAAAGAAUUAAAUCCACCGCCACAAAGAGAUUGCGGUUUAAACAAAAAAAAACGACAUUUACGUUUAGAAAAAUCGCAACGUCAGAAACGAAGUCUAGCAUUAAAUGCAAAUGCUGCUCGUCAAGCACUAUGUCCAAUUGUUGGCUACAAUGGUUCAUUCUGUCCAGGAACAAAUAAGAAUGUAAAGUCGACGGCAAGAGUCAUGAAAACAAUUACACAAUUACAUCGUGGGGUUGGUAUGACUAUUGAUAUUAGUACUGGUAAACUAAUGUUACCUGUAUUAGAAUUAACUUAUCCAUCAAAAUUGAAAAUAUGGAAAGAUGAGAAAGGCUCAGGUCGAUCAUUUUCUAUUCCGAAUGAAAUAAGUUUAACACCCGUAGAUGUUAAUCGAGAUAAUAAACCUACAUCAUAUAUUUAUCCUACUCCAAUGCAACUUGCUGAUGUGUGGACUCGUGCUAGUGGUAGUGGUAGUUGGUUGGGUGGUGAAUUAGGUCACACAAAAUCAGUUCUAGAUAUUAAUUUGAAGUUUUUUUCUAAACAACAAGCAACAGCUAUUACUCAACAACCAAUCGGAUUGUAUCGACUCGAAGUGAAUAAUUUAACAUUAAAUGAAUAUGUUAAAGAAGCUAUAAGUCUAUUACCAGCAACAUAUGAUGCAAGUAUCUAUAGUGAUUUUAUGGAUACAUGGGGUACUCAUAUUGCUGUUUCAACAUUAAUUGGUGGUAUGGUUGAACAACAAGUUGUUUUUAAAAAAUGUAUGUUAUCAAUGUUAGCAUUGAUUGGUAAUAACAUACUCGAUAGUUAUCUAACAGCAGAUUUAACAUCAAAUAAAACAACAAACAGUUUAUAUACACAACGACGACAAUUGACACUUAAUCAUCGUUUAGGAGGUAAUCCGACAAUAAAUGAUCACUCAACAUGGAUUCGAACAAUUGCUUCCAAUCCAGCAUUGUUAAAAAUUGAUCGUUAUAUUCCUUGGUGGGAUGUUCUUACAGAUACUAAAAUUAAGCAAAACAUGCAAAAAGCAAUUGCCGAUCGUUUAGAUCAAGUAGCUAAAAACCAAAAUCAACUAGAAUCUCAAAAUCAAAAUUCCUUAGGUCUUGAAACAAUUGAUGUUUCUGUUGGCUUUACACUACCUCGUAUAGUAUGGGACGGUUUUAUUCCUCGUCAAGAUGGACAAAUGUGUCUAACUGUUGGACCUAUUCUAUUGAAUACUUCAUCGCUAUGUAAUAAUGAAUGUAAUUUAGGACAAUUUAUUGUAACAAAUGAAACAUUAACAGGUUUCGAAAAUUUAUUUACUUAUAAACGUGAUAAUACUACCGGAUCGUUUCAUAUUGUAUUCAACGAUUAUAAAAACAGUAAAGUCGUUGUUGGAUCAGAAGUUUAUGGUGCAGGAUGUUCUGCAAUCGAGCCAAAUAAUAACAAUAAUAAUAUGCGGAUUUUUCCAGUACUGGUUUGUUCGGGUUGUACACUCACUUCAACUCAUGAUGGUUGUUCAUGUCCAUGUCCUAUAUAUUGA